GAGUAGUGACGUCAGAUUGGAAUGAGGGAGUGUGAAUGUUCCGGGUCAGAAACUGGACUGAGAGGAAAUUAACUCUGGGACAAGGAAAAUAGCGAGCACACGAAAUUAAACACAUCGAAACCGAGAUGUGAUCGUUUUCAGGAGCCGAUUAGGAAAAUAUACUGACAUUCCAGGGGCGACGCCAGAUAAAGGAUAUAGAACCAAGCGAAAAUCAGGUGCCCAUAAAGUAGGUUAAAGUGAGAGCCAGCGUAUUUAUUAAUGGUGCUCAGUGCAGUUUAUUUAUGCGUGGUGAUGUGGUUUUGUUUGUUUGCUUUGGAAAUUUGUUCAAAUAGCAGCAAGGUGUUUUGCAAGCCAUCUAGUUAGAGUAGGAACAGGUUGGGCUUUCCGUUUCUUUUACUGGACGUCUUUUCAGGAUAUUCGAAGAACUGAUUUUGCCAUCACCCCGUGAUGUUUCACUGUAUACCCCUGUGGCGGUGCAACCGUCAUGUUGAAUUGAUCGAUAAGCGGCACUGUUCCCUGUUGUAUGUUCCUGAUGAGAUCUACCGCUACAGUCGGAGUUUGGAAGAGCUUUUGCUGGACGCUAACCAACUACGCGACUUGCCCAAGCCAUUUUUUCAGCUUGUGAAGCUACGUAAGCUGGGCUUGAGCGAUAACGAGAUCCAGAGGCUUCCUCCAGAAAUAGCCAACUUCAUGCAGCUGGUAGAACUUGAUGUCUCUCGAAAUGACAUUAUGGAAAUUCCAGAGAGCAUUUCUUACUGUAAAGCUCUUCAAGUAGCAGACUUCAGUGGAAACCCGUUAACAAGAUUGCCUGAGAGUUUUCCGGAGCUCCAGAAUUUAACAUGCCUUUCCAUCAAUGACAUUUCAUUGCAGGCCCUUCCUGAGAACAUCGGGAACCUCUCCAACUUGAUAUCACUGGAACUCCGAGAGAAUCUGCUGACAUACUUACCAGAGUCACUAUCGCAACUUCACAGACUAGAAGAACUUGAUUUAGGGAACAACGAACUUUAUAACUUGCCAGAGACAAUUGGCCGUCUUGUCAGCUUAAAGGACCUGUGGCUGGACGGAAACCAGUUGGCUGAAAUACCUGCCGAGAUGGGCAGCAUGAAAAGCCUUGUGUGUCUAGAUGUGUCAGAGAACAAGCUGGAGCACCUUCCAGAGGAGCUUGGUGGCCUGGUUUCCCUCACUGACCUGCUGGUGUCUCAGAACCUCAUCGAUGCUCUUCCAGAGGGCAUAGGAAAACUUCGGCGUCUGCAAAUAUUGAAAGCAGACCAGAAUCGUCUUACCCAGCUGCCAGAGAGCAUUGGCAACUGUGAGAGUCUCACUGAACUAGUUCUCACUGAAAAUCAGCUACAGAGUUUGCCUAGAAGUAUUGGAAAACUCAAGAGACUUUCCAACUUCAACUGUGAUAGGAACCGACUACUGUCAUUGCCAAAAGAGAUUGGCGGCUGCUGUAGCCUGAACGUCUUCUGCGUACGAGAGAACAGGCUGACGAGGAUUCCCUCCGAGAUCUCUCAGGCAACAGAGCUGCACGUGCUUGACGUCUCUGGAAAUAGACUCCUCCACCUGCCAGUGUCCCUGACGGCACUGCGGCUCAAGGCCCUGUGGCUGUCGGAGAACCAGGCCCAGCCUCUGCUCACCUUUCAGAACGACAUGGAUCCGGAGUCAAGGGAAAAGGUGCUCACGUGUGUUCUCCUGCCCCAGCAGCCUCUAGGCUCAGACAACUUGGCACGCUGUGGUGCUUUGGAGAGCCUGGUGAAUGACAUGGCGGAUGACCGGGUGGAUGAUACUUGGGACAACAAGGCCAUGAAUCGGAUCAGUGCCAUCCACUUCCUGGAUGAAGACGACGAUGAGGAUGAUGAAAAGGGAACGCUGAUGAGACGGGCCACUCCUUACCCAAGCGAGCUGAAGUCUAUGAAGAAAGCAGCAGAGAACCUCCGCAACGACUUGAACGCUGCCAAAGGCCUGGAUUCCAACAAAAACGAGGUCAAUAACGCUACAGUCACCACGUCUGUGUGACUUGCCUCAGAAAACAGUCUUACCUCCUGUGUCUCUUGCCAUGUUCUCCUGCACAAGCCCCCUCAACCUACUUCUCCUUUCAAACCCUCCUGUGGCCUGCCUACCCUUCCUGCGCCUCGACCCUGGGACUCGGCUGUGGUCCUCUUGUCUGGCACCUUACUUCAUCUCCAAUACCCACCACAGUAUCUGGCUCACACUACCAGGGCCCAUGUGCCUUCCCCACCCCCCAAACUAUUGUGCUACCUUUCCAAACAGUAAUAAUGCACAAAUGUGCUAAUUCUUUUAAUAUAUUUUUUAAAUGUAGUGCUUUUUAAAGAUGUAUUGUUUUAUUGUUUUUACUGACGAUAGGUAGUUGCACUACUGUCCUUAGUUUAAAAAUAUUGUUGCCAUCUUCAUAAAUAUAUAUAUAUUUGUUCUAUUUUUAUUUUUUUUUAAACACUGGGUGAAUACUUUUUACAUUUUGGGGAUACUUAAAACCAAGGAGUUUUGGACCUACUGAUUAAGGAUUAUUGUAUAGUCAUUUGUGAAUAUUGAUACUUUUAUACUUUUUGGCAGCUCAGAUGGUGUAAAUUAAAACAAUGUAUAGAAAGUUUCUUUUAUAGUAGAUUUUAAAAACAUUAUCUUGGAAUUUGGUACAUAUUUUAUUUCUUUUUAAAUAUUUUCUUUUUAAGAAAUGAGCAAAAGUGCAGUUGCUAAUGUCUUAUCGAAACGACGUAUUUGUCUUUGAGGGAGUAGACAGCCUUGAAUCUUCUUUCCUACUCUAUUGUUAAACUUAUUUGGAUUUAGACACCUUUUUGUAAUUUAGUAAUGAAGGGCUAACAGUGCAUAACACAUACCCUAACCACACUCUCACAACUGAGUGAAAGUGACGAGGCUGUCUUACUUUCUUCCAUUGCGAUUUACUGCUUUGAAAUGCUUUCUUAAAUAGAUACCGGAAACGGCUGCAUUUUUAAAAACAUGUUUGUCUCUUGACAUGGACAUUGGACUUUCAAUGGCCAAUUUCAUUACAUGCAAGAUUAUAAAGACCUGGGUGGAAUCCGUUAUAAAUACAGUUGUUUGAGCGUACACUAAUGCACUUCUUAAUUUUUCUUGCGUCUUAAUAUAAACAUUUUGUUGUUUAAAGGGUACGCUACAAUAUAGAUUUUGUAACUAUUUGUUUUAAUUGUAUAGAAAGGACAGGACCAUAUACAUUUGUUUUAAUGUUGAUUUCUAUCUUUAUUAUUUUUUUUUUCUUUAAGGAUCAAGCUGCACAAAAACACAAUCUCAAAUAGGCAUUGACACUGAGCCUACAGAUUUUGAUUACUUUUAACCACUGAUCAAAUAAAACAAGUUUAAAACAAAAAA